AUGUGGGGUGAGUUGCAGCGAAUCACACCAGUCAAUACAUCACGAAGCCGGCCAUCAUUCUGGGGGGAAGUAACACAUGUACAGGAGCUGUGGCAAGACUUCCUUCUUCCACUUGUCUCUACAAUGGACAACGUGGCUGACAGACCGUCGCCAUGUGUCAUGUGCAUGAAGGGCACGCAGACCACCACCAACACCACUCCACUACUUCAUCAUGAUCAUGUACAUGCUACAGACAGACCAUUUAGUUGUGAUGUGUGUGGGAAGGGUUUUACCCAGGCAGCUCACCUGACUCGACAUACACGAGUGCAUACAGGUGAGAAGCCAUUUUCAUGUGUAGUGUGUGGGAAGAGCUUCUCUCAGUCGGGUGAUCUAACAAGGCAUACAAGGGUCCACACUGGUGAGAAGCCUUACUCAUGUACUGUCUGUCUGAAGAGGUUCUCACAGUCAGGGGACUUGAGUCGACAUACGCGGCGUGCUCAUCCUGGUGAAAACCCAUUCUCAUGUGCGGUGUGUUUGAAAAGUUUUUCCCAGUCGGGAGGUUUGACUCGUCACACAAGAGUGCAUUCUGUGACAAAUAGAGUUUUGUCCACGACACAUGAAGUUAUGUUACAACCAAACAAUUUCUCUCGUCAGACCCGUAUCAAUGUGGACCAGCGACAGUUUUUCCCUGAUAUCAACAAAGAGUUUUCUCACCUCCCGAACUUACCCUGA